AUGAUUCCAAUCACAAUAGGUAUUGCAGGAGGCACGGGUGCGGGAAAAACCACUCUGGCAAGAAAGCUCUUCGAGGCUCUGGGCGGCGAAGAGAACGUAAAUUACCUCAUUCAUGAUUCUUAUUACAAAUGCCUGAAACACAAAUCGAUCGAAGAGCGGGCCAAGACAAAUUUUGAUCAUCCAGAAGCAUUGGACACGGACCUCCUCAUUGAACACGUACGGUGUCUAAAGCAAGGGGUGACCUGUGAUGUCCCGACCUAUGAUUUUACCACGCAUUCUCGAACCGACGAAACCAAACCCAUGGUUACCCGAAAAAUCAUUCUGAUCGAAGGCAUUUUGUUAUUUUGCCACCCGGUCUUAGCCAAAGAAAUGGACGUUAAAGUGUUUGUGGAUGCCGACGCUGACAUUCGUUUAGCAAGACGCUUGCAACGAGAUACCAAAGAGCGCGGACGCACAUUUGAGGAAGUCAUUGCUCAGUACCAAAAGACGGUACGACCGAUGCACGAAGAGUGGGUGGAGCCGUCGAAAAAGGUAGCGGACUUGAUUGUGCAUUCAAACGGUCAUUCGAUGGUAGUAGCAGUCGACAUGUUGACCAAUCAUUUAAGAUGCAAGGCUAACAUUUCAGCAUGA